CGGCGCAGAUUAAAAUUCAAGAAUUAUAAACCAGGCGCAGCAGAUUCUUGACAUGGAGAACAAAGCCCAUGAUACAACAGGAGCUUCUCCUUGUGAGGCUGAACUUCAGGAAUUAAUGGAACAAAUUGACAUCAUGGUGGGACUACUUAGACAGAAGCUGGACAGUCUGGAAAAAUGUAACUUAGUGAUGACUCAGAAUUAUGAAGGCCAACUACAAACUCUGAAAGCUCGAUUUUCCAAACUAACGAAUAGCUUUGAAAGACUGAAAUUACACCAAAUGAAACAAAACGAUUUUCAAUGAAAAGAAUUACAGCACCCUGAAGAAGAAAUACCCUUUGAACUGAGCAACUUGAACCAGAAAUUAGAGGAAUUUAGAGUGAACUCCAGAGAAUGGGACAAGCAAGAGAUACUAUAUCAGACUCAUCUGGUUUCUUCAGAUGCUCAAUAAAAAUUAUUAUCUGAGAAGUGUAAACAAUUUCAGAAACAGGCACAAAGUUACCAUACUCAACUAAAUGGUAAGAAACAGUGCACAGAAGACAGCGGCUCUGAAACUCCUCAGCUGAUUCGUGAACCACAUCACAGUUUUGAAAAUGAAAGAGAUGAGUUCAUUAUUGAAAAAUUAAAAUCAGCUGUGAGUGGAAUAGCAUUAAGCAGGAAUAAGCUACAAGAUGAAAAUCAGAAGCUCCUAAAAGAACUGAAAAUGUACCAAAGACAGUGCCAGGCCAUGGAAGCAGGACUCUCAGAGAUGAAAAGUGAAUUGCAGUCAUGUGAUGAUCUCUUGAGAAUUACAGAAAUGGAACGACUGCAGUUGCAUAGAGAAUUAUUAAGAAUAGGAGAUUGCCAAAAUGCCCAAGAAAAUAAAAAAAGACUUGAAUCAUCUUAGUCACCUCCUCUUAAAGAACCAGAAUGGGAAAAGAAAGAGGUGUUUUCAGUGACCCCAGAUAAACCAAAUCAUGAAAAAGAAUUGAGCAAGAUAAGAAGCCAAGUCUAUCAGGAGGAAGAGUACCACAGCUCUGAGCGGGAAAGAAUGAGGCAUGAGAUCUGCGACCUAACAGAGGAGCUUCAUCAGAAGGAUAUCACUAUAGCAACAAUCAUGAAGAAAGCCUCCCUUCUGGAAAGACAGUUAAAAAUGGAGUUAAAAAUAAAAGAAAAAAUGUUAGCAAAACAACAGGUCUCAGACAUGAGGUAUGAAGCCGUCAGAACUGAAAACACACAUCUAAAAGGAAUGAUGGGAGAUUUAGACCCGGGACAGUACAUGGGUAUGGGCUUCACUAACAGGGAACAUUCAAGGCAUGCAUCUAUUGACAAACUGGAAUAUGAGAAUGAAAGGCUCCGAAACGAUCUUGCAAAACUCCAUACCAGUGUAAAAUCAGCAUGGGCUAAUCAAAAUACCUGUGAAGAAACAGGACAGUACGCGUACCACAGCCAAAUAAAAAUGGAAAAAGAUAAAGAUAGGCUCAGCCGAGAUCGCGAGCCGAACAGAAGCACAACGCCCGUGUUGCCGCCUUUGCCAUUUCAAACCAAAGAAAUGGCAAGUCCUUUGGUUGGUGAUGAUGAACUAUUCCCAUUUUCUCCCCUAGAUAUAUCUUUCCCAGCUUCUUUGGCUGCACAGCAAUUCUUUCUGGAGGAAGAAAAGCGAGCAGAAGAAUUUGAAAGACUUCUAAAUACACAUAUUGAUGAACUGCAAAGACAUACAGAAUUUACUCUUAAUAAAUACACCAAGCCCAAACACAACAGACACAUAUGA